CAGGAGACUGGAUGACAAUAUUCGAACUGUUGUAAGAGGUCAGACGAACGUGGGGCAGGAUGGACGGCAAGUUGCUCAGGCUGGUCUUAAACUCCUGGGCUCAAGUGAUCUGCCCACCUUGGACAGAUCCCAGAGUGCUAGGAUUACUGUUGUGAGCCACUGUGCCAGUCUCUGUUAGGAUUUCUAAAGGAGAUAAGAGUCCUGCUCUGUCGCCCAGGCUGGAGUGCAGUGGUGCGAUCUCGGCUCACUGCAACCUCCGCCUCCCGGGUUCAAGUGAUUCUCCUGCCUCAGCCUCCUGAGUAGCUGGGUUACAGGCGCCCGCCACCACACACAGCUAAUUUUUGUAUUUUUAGGAGAGACAGGAUUUCAGCAUGUUGGCCAGGAUGGUCUCGAACUCAUGACCGCAGGUGAUCCACCUCCCAAAGUGCUGGGAUGACAGGCCUGAGCCACUGCUUGUAAAUAAUGACACAGUGUGAACAACAAAACAGUCAGUAAGCCUCUGGGUGGUAUCUCCCGACAGAGCCAAAGCCAAGAGGCAGCUCCCCAGAAAGCCUGCGGCCCCCACAGUCCACUCCUGGUCCAGAGGGAGAGGGGCUGCUGGAUGCCGUGGGGGGGGGGGGCACGUCUCACGCUUUCUGAGGGUUCCCCCUGGAGCAGCCGCAGCAGCGGGCGGGAGGCCACGUCCUGACUCCCAUCGGGAAGCACCAGGCUUGGUGGACUAGGCCGGUGGGGACAGAGCCACAGGCCGCUCUCUCCUUCCUUCCUUCCCGGGAGGGAUAUGGUGCGACCGCGGGCUCGCCCACCCUGCGGUCCCUCGGUCCUGCACCCCGCCCGCCCGCCGAGGGCCUGGAGCAGAGCAGGUGUGGGGGCGGGCGCAGCGCGGGUGACGGAACAGAAGCCCAGGGAGCCCGGUCCUUCCCGCCUGCGGUCGCCCAGUUGGUCCGGGAGGUGGCGUCGGUGGACUCGGAAUCGCGCGCGCCAGGCGACAGCCUCCGCCCCCGUCCGCCCGCCUGCCUGAGACGCCGCAGAGCCUUCGGGCGGGAGACGCAGGGAGACCCCGCCCCGCCCCAUUGCGGCUGCCGGGCCUGGUCACGCGCAGAGCCGCGCCGCCGUGGGAUCGUGGGAUCCGAGCCAGCGCCCGGGCGAGGGCGGCGGGUAGAAAGCGCGCGGCCGGGCCGAGGCGCGCCCAGCGCAGCCCAGCCACGCCGCACGGCGCCAGCAAGGCGGCCGGAUCCUCAGCCCCCAUGCUGCUGACGCUGGCUGGGGGCACGCUUUUCUUCCCGGGCCUCUUCGCGCUCUGCUCCUGGGCGCUGCGCCGCUGGGGGCCCGAAUGGACCUGCACGGACCGCGUGAUGAUCAGCACCAGGCUGGUGUCCUCGGUGCAGGCAGUGCUGGCCACCGGCUCGGGGAUCGUCAUCAUUCGCUCCUGCAACGACGUGGCCACCGGCAGGCACUGGCUUGCCUGGGAAUAUGUGUGGUUUCUCAUUCCAUACAUGAUCUAUGACUCCUACGCCAUGUACCUCUCUGACUGGUACCGAGCCAGAGACCAGGACCAUGCACACUCCCUCACGCUUCGAAGCUUCCUCAGUCGAAACCGCCUCAUGAUCACACAUCACGCAGUCAUCCUCUUUGUCCUUGUACCAGUCGCACAGAGGCUGCGGGGGGACCUUGGGGAUUUCUUUGUGGGCUGCAUCUUCACGGCAGAACUGAGCACGCCAUUUGUGUCGCUGGGCAGAGUUCUGAUUCAGCUCAAGCAGCAGCACACCCUUCUGUACAAGGUGAACGGAGUCCUCACACUGGCUACCUUCCUUUGCUGCCGGAUCCUUCUCUUCCCCUUCAUGUACUGGUCCUACGGCCACCAGCAGGGACUAAGCCUACUGCAAGUGCCCUUCCACAUUCCCUUCUUCUGCAACGUGGCGAAUGCCUUUCUCAUCGCCCCUCAGAUCUACUGGUUCUCUCUGCUGUGCAGGAAGGCACUCCGGCUCUUUGACACUCCCCAAGCCAAAAAGGAUGGUUAAGCGCUCCCGGGAGUUGGGCAGUAAGGGUGCAGGCUCACACCAGCUGCCUCCUCCGCUCAGUAUUCCAUGGACCAAACUGUGCCCUGGAUGGUCUCGGACUUUUGGGUAUUGAUAAACAGAUGGAUUUGAGUUUUGCUAAAGAAUAUUCAUAUUACCUCCUUCUUCUAACCUGUCCUAUUUGCAAAAGCACUUUUGUAGUAACACCUACUGGGUCCUGCCAGCCUUCCAUGGGCAGCAAGGUGGCUUUCAUGGAAGCCCAGGGAUCCUUCUUUGGGUCUUAUCUCUAGAAGCAUGGGGUUUGCUCGGUGGACCAGGGUGAUAAGUGUCUGGGCAUGGGCCUGUCCCUAUAUCGGCGGCUACCCACCUUUCCAACCACUCAGGGCAGUACCCAUGGUUCUGGGCCAGCAGAAGCAAGUGGUGACUUCUUGUGACACUGGCCUGGGAAAAUAAUUGUGGGUAGGUAGUUUUUGUUUACUAGAUAACCCAUUGGUUCUCUGCCUCAUCCUCUCAUCCAUGGGUCACCGUUGAAUUCUCACAUCUACUGACUUCCAAUCAGAAGUCUCACUGCUGGGGCUGAGGUUGGGCAGGCCAGAGGCAGGGAUGGAAACCUGAGUAGGCAGUGUGGCCGAGUCAGUACAACCUUUGCAGGCUGACUUGGUAAGACCAGUGUCAACCUUGUGAGCUUACUGCAGUCAGUCACAAACACCAUUCUUUUUAACACAUCCCUUCGUUCCCAGCUUCCCCCAUAUCCACACGCAGAGGACGUGCUCGUAAAAACUACAGGGGCAAUGUGAAAUGAUGGCUUUGGUAGCCAUUUACUGGGUAACCCUACUCCAUGAUACUGUCCUUUUCAUGUGAUGUGGAAACCAAUUUCUGUACUCCAAACCAGCAAACGUCUCCUCUAGACUGCAAAGUACUUAGCCUCCUGAUGAGCUUGGGGUGCAGAGCCCGUUCCUGUGUGAGUGUCCUGCCAUUUAGCCACAGAAGGCUGCAGAGCAAGGGGGCAGCUAGCUUGGCCAGAGGCUGUCCUGUGGACUGACACCUGCACCUCCUUCUGCAAACAGGAUUUUCUGGUGCCAACACUAAUCAUUCCCUAUCGACUAGGAUGAGUUUGAGACUGUGCUCAAGUGUAGUUUAAAACGUGGAUUUUUAAAGUGCCCUUUAAUUCAUUGUCUGUGAAAUUGUAAAGGACUGAAUGAUCUGUCUCAUUUUGACUGUUUAAUCUUUAAUGGAUGCCAUUUAAAAAACAGUGCUAUUAAUUUUAACUGUCUUUUUUUUAACUAUCAGUGUAUCUUUGAAAGUCACCCUCCUGGUGAUUAAAUUGCACUAACAUUCCCAACUUA